AAUCUCUUAUCCACAACUCGCGUCCGGAAAUCCAAUGGAUGUUUUGGGCGCAUAUCAGAGGACGGCUCAAUCGAUCCACUUCAACGGCCCGAUUUCACGCUUUCUUGGUUCCCACUUGGCGCGUCCAGAAAUCACAGGCACUUCAUCUUCUUUCGGAGAUUUUUAAUCUGCAAACUUAUUGUCCGUCUAUGAAGAGCAGAAGCCGUGAGAAUCAUCUUCAUCCAUGACAACAUUUUCUACUGACUUCCUCCCGCGAACCAUCCCGUAUAGAAUCCAGCCGAAGAAGCCUACUUCACAUUCAAAAUUAAAUCCCUACUCUCUGAGCUGCAAGAACCCGCUUCUAAAUGACGCUAGCAAUGGAAGGAACUCGGGAUAUGCCCGGGUUUCUUCCGAAACAAGGUCAAAACAUUCCCAAAAUUUUGACUUCAAAGAUACCCACCUGAUGAAAGCUCUCAACCGGUCCUCGAAAGUGGGCAAAUACAACGAUUCCCUGUACUUUCUCCAGCGUAUGGUCAAUAAGGGUUACAAACCCGAUGUCAUUCUCUGCACGAAACUCAUCAAAGGGUUCUUCAACAUUAAGAGAAUCGACAAAGCCAUUCGGGUCAUGGAAAUACUGGAGAAGCACGGUGAACCCGAUGUGUUCGCCUAUAAUGCAGUGAUUAGUGGGCUGUGCAAGGCUGACCGGAUUGACUCUGCCAACAAAGUGCUUGACAGAAUGAAAAGCAGAGGUUUUGCUCCUGAUGUCGUCACCUACAACAUAUUGAUUGGGAAUCUUUCAGGUAGGGGAAAGCUUGAGUUGGCUUUGAAGGUUUUGGAGCAGCUACUGAAAGACAGGUGCGAGCCCACUGUAAUUACCUACACAAUCUUAAUAGAAGCAACCAUUCUCGAGGGUGGUAUUGAUGAAGCCAUGAAGCUUUUGGAUGAGAUGUUAUCAAGAGGGCUGCAACCUGACAUGUACACGUACAAUGCAAUCAUCCGGGGCAUGUGCAGACAAGGGUUGUUAGAUCGAGCCUUUGAGUUCAUUUCGACUAUAAGUUCUAAGGCCUGUGCCCCGGAUGUGAUUUCGUACAAUAUUCUGUUGCGUGGACUUCUGAAUCAAGGAAAAUGGAAGGAGGGAGAGAAGUUGAUGGCUGAUAUGAUUCUCAGAGGCUGUGAACCAAACGUGGUCACUUACAGCAUUUUAAUCAGCUCACUUUGUCGUGACCGGAAAGUCGAGGAGGCUGUAGAUGUGUUGAAGGCUAUGAAGGAAAAGGGGCUAACUCCUGACGCUUAUAGCUAUGAUCCGUUGAUCUCUGCAUUCUGCAGAGAAGGUAGAGUUGAUUUGGCAAUAGAAUUUCUGGAAAUUAUGAUCUCCGAUGGCUGCUUGCCAGAUAUUGUGAAUUACAACACAAUCUUGGCCACUCUGUGCAAGAAUGGAAAAGCUGAUGAGGCUCUCAACAUCUUUGAGAAGCUUGAAGAGGUGGGUUGUCCUCCAAAUGUCAGUUCUUAUAACACAAUGUUUUGUGCGCUCUGGAGUAGUGGAGACAAAAUUAGAGCGUUGGGGAUGAUUCUGGAGAUGGUAGACAAGGGAAUCGAUCCUGAUGGGAUUACAUAUAACUCGCUCAUAUCGUGUUUGUGCCGAGAUGGACUGGUGGAUGAGGCCAUUGGAUUGUUAGUGGACAUGGAAAGCAGCAAGCAUCAGCCGACAGUCAUCAGCUACAACAUUGCUCUUCUUGGGCUGUGCAAAGUACACAGAAUCGUUGAUGCCAUUGAGGUAUUAACUGCAAUGGUCGAGAAGGGAUGUCGGCCAAAUGAAACCACAUACACGUUAUUGAUUGAAGGGAUUGGUUUUGCUGGAUGGCGAAAUGACGCGAUGGAGCUGGCCAAUUCCCUUGUUGGUAUGGAUGCUAUUUCUGAAGAUUCGUUUAAACGUCUAAACAAAACCUUCCCCAUGCUUGACGUGUACAAAGAUCUCACUUUAUCGGAAAUUAAGAGCUAGAUUCUUGGACAUUAAUUGAUUUUAUUCUGGUCUUCUCCCUGGGCUUUUAAGUUGAAGCCAGUUCUACGAGUACUUUGACAGAUGGUCAGUCAGGGACGACUACUGAAUUCGUCAAUUCGAUUCUGUGCCCCGAUGGGCUUUCUUCAUUGAAAUUGUACGGAUUAAACAAAAAUUAGACAGAAUUCGAGAUGGAUUUCUGAUUGUGGAAGGAUCGAGGGGUUCAGAUAUUGGUGUUUGGCCUGGUGCAAGUUCUCUUCAACGGCCACGACUUCUACUUCGGUGCGAACUCCAUGGGUGGGAGGAUAGAAAACGUGAAGACGGGAAUGACGAUUAUACAUUGCAUUUAAAUUACGCUGAUGAGGAAUUGUACCAGAUAUUCAUGCGACGAGUUCUGAUCUAUAACCGAAUCAUGUUCGAGUUGCCUUCAGUGAAAAUUUCAAUAUUUUCGAUGACGGCGGCCAAAUUUGAUCAUCGAUAAUUUAUCCAUAUCCCUGUCCAUUUUUAAAAAUUUGCUUUCACACCUAGCAUAUCUACUGUGUACAGAUGUACAAGUUUUGUGUGAAGUCAAAAUUGUGUGAUUUGCCUUAUAAUUAAUACUCUUUCGUCAA